CUACAGUAACUAUUUGCACCACAUCACGCCUUUUGCUGCUCUUGCUCACUUGCGUACGGAGGUUUUGUUUAUUUAUACAUUUAUCCAGGUUAUCCACGUCAGCGAUGGACUCUGAGUUUUCCGAUACCAAAAAAACCUUUGAUAAGUCUCAAUGGAGACAGAAGAAGUACAGCCAUAAAACUAAGGUGCAACAGUUUGAAGAAAGACGUCGUAAGGCAGCCCUUCACAAAUAUUACAAAGAGCUGAAGAAAUCACAGGUUGAUGUUUCCCACCGCAAACAAGAAUCGAGUGUGUCUGGAGGGGAUUCGAAGAAAUUGCAUCGGGAAAGCAAUCCAUAUGAGAAAGCUAAACAAGAGUUGGAGAGACGGAAAAAAGAGAAAGAGCUCCUUAUUGCUGAAAGGGCUAAAGAGAAGGUGGAGCGUGAAGAUGCCUUACAAAAAUACAAGAAGGAUAAAAUUAGGAAGUACAUGAAGUUAAAGAAGAAAACAAAGAAGGGUCAGCCUGUUAUGGCUGGGCGAAUGGAACUAUUGUUAGAAAAAAUUCAGAAAAACAUAGGUACUUGAAUUUGGUAUGUUUGUGUGUAGAGAUUUAUUAUUAAUUAACCUGUGAUAUAUUGUUUAUGGCAGAGGCGAAGUUUUAGGCCUUGAAGGAAUGGAUGUUAAUUUAUAAAACUCACUACUUUUUCAAAUCUUUAUUUCAUGGUAAAAAAUUAAAUAAUUACAGCUACUUAAA